AUGUGCCGCGUCGUACUGCUCGACCAGACCCAGUACGUCAAUCAUCAGUUGGGAGCGGGGCUCCCAAGAAUCCCAGGACGGGGGAUAACCGCGCCACCGGACGAGGUAACUCGUCCGACGUCCAUGUCACGUCGCGGUGGUUCAACAGCUGCUCUACUAGAUAGCGCUGGCCACCGCGAGAGUCCUCUAAUGGAGGUGGAGGAGGAGGAAAGACGCUCUCCACACGAUCAUGGGGAUCGGUGUGUCUCCGAGAGCAUCUUUGAUCGCGUAACGCAAGGGUUACGCGACGAUCUCGAGCAUAAGCGGAAUAGGCGUCUUCAGAUGGUGGACACUGCCUUGAAGCAUCGAGCUGAGUUUGCCUUUGCUUAG